GAAGGGAUGUCGCGUCUGCGCACCAAACCCUUGUCCGAUCCAGUGGGCUUUGCCACGUCUGCGCACCACUUCGCACGCGUUGUGGAGCGGGUGAUGCAGUGUUGCAGCUGGGCGGACCCGCGUCAGCCUGAGCUGGGGACGCCAGAGUCCUGCCGAGGUAUAUCUCCAUGAAUAACUUAAAUGAUCCCCCAAAUUGGAACAUUCAGCCUAAUUCCAGGGCCGAUGGGGGUGACGGAAACAGGUGGAAUUAUGCCCUGUUGGUGCCAAUGUUGGGAUUGGCAGCAUUUCGUUGGAUUUGGUCUAGGGAGUCCCAAAAAGAAAUAGAAAAAGAGAGAGAAGCACAUCAUCAGAAAACUGCUGCUUUCCAACAGGAUCUUGAAGCCAAGUACCAUGCUGUUAUCUCAGAACAUCGGCGUGCUGUUGCUCAGCUGUCUUUGGAACUUGAAAAGGAGCAAAACAGAACAACUAGUUAUCGAGAAGCCCUUAUCUCUCAGGGACGUAAGUUGGUGGAAGAAAAGAAGCUUCUGGAACAGGAAUGGGCUCAGGUAAUGCAAGAAAAAAGCCAGCAACCUCUGAGGAGUACGUAUCUGAACUGUCUGAAAGAAGAAGAGGACUGGCAGAGGCGAGCCCGGCUUGUGCUGAAGGAGGUGGGAGAGGCUCUCAUGGAACGGCAGAAUAUCUACUGUAGUCCAGUUCUCCCCCGAAGCACACGACUGGAGCUGGAGAAGAACCUACUUGUGCGUGCAUCUGUCGACCCUGUGGCUGCUGAUCUAGAGGUGGCAUCUGGCUUAACUGACAUAUUUAAACAUGAUAAGCAUUGUGGUGAUGUCUGGAAUACCAACAAACGCCAAAAUGGGAAGCUCAUGUGGCUCUAUCUCAAGUAUUGGGAACUAGUUGUCGAAUUGAAAAAGUUUAAGAGAGUGGAGAAGGUCAUACUAGAAAAGUAAGAGAGAAUUAAUGAAAUUCAUGGCCAGACAGUUGGUCAUGAUGUUCUGCAUUUUCUCCAGAGUUUUCUGCUUCCCUGUCACCUGUGUGUAGCCGUGUGCAGUCACCCUGUACAGGGACUCUGCUCUUGCCACCCUCUGAACAGUGUAGCAAAGCCUUGGCAGAUAAGGUUUCUUCUGUGUGCCCUGCAGCUGUGAAGGAUUCAGUUUUUCUGAAGCAUUUUUGAGCUGCUAAUAUUUAGCAGAAUAGUAUAAUCUCAUAUAUUAGUUCUGGGGUAAAAAUAGUUUUUUAAAGACCAAAUACAAUAUUGAUCCCCACCAUAAGUAAUUUUCUGUUGGUUUUCAUCUUAAGUAUGUUCUGUCUAGUUCUAGAAUUACUUUUCUCCUUCCCUAGAGUCCAUUCAGAAGCCUCAGGUCAUGUCUAGCACUGCUUCACAGAUGGUAGUAGUAAUGUCAUCAAGGGUUUAUCUUGUUUGGAAGAGCUCUCAUCCACAAAGGAAAGAAAACAUGUUUCUUGUGUCCAGUUGGAACCCCAGUGUGUGUUUGGAAUUUAGCUUGUAUCUGUUUUCAGUAAGCAGAUAUUAUUGAGCAAUGAUGCAUAAUCAAAAAUUCUUGCCAUUUAAAAGUACUGGUGUAAUUUUUUUAAUUUGUGUUGUUCUUUACUCUUUUCUUUUUCUGAAAUGUUUUUACAUAUAUUAUCUCAGUUUUUACCACAACUUAAAAGUUAACACAAGUACUUAUAACUCAUUUCACACUAAUAUGAGUUGAGCCACUGUGUAUGUCACUCAUAUAAUCCUCACUCUGAUCCUAUGAGCUAAGUACUAUUAUUAUCCUCUGGGUGGGGGUUUCCUACAACACCUCAAGUUCUGUGACCUGGUUGGGGGGGUCUCCUAGGACUCAGCAUGUGGUCAUCCUCAUGGAUAGAAUUUGUUAAAGUGAGAGACACAGAACCAGCAGAGGGAGAAGGCACAUGGGAGUCCAGAGAGAACCUGCCUUGAGUUUCCAGGGAUCCCUCCUAGUAGAGUCACAUGAAACAUGAUGGGACAACAUAUGGGACAGGUCCCCCAGGGAAGCUCACUGGAGACUGGACACCUGUGCCUGGUGCAUACCAGUUCCAGGCACCACAGGAAGGCAGGGAUUGAUGUGGUUCAUGCUAUGCACCCAGUUUUAAGUGCUAUGAGCCACUCUUACUGGUCGAUGGUGCCAGGAACGCUUGCAGAACCCAGGUUCCUAGGGGCCGGCCUUCUAAGUGGGCCUUUUGCUGCAUGAACUCUUCACAUAUCUUUACUUUACAGAGGCAGGGGGGAAUGUAGAACUGAGGUGUGGGAAAGGUGAGCUGUGUAGGUCAUAUAGGUAGCAGUAUUGGAACUGGUCUGAGCCAGGUACUUGGUUUUCAGAACUGUUAGGAACCUGCAUGCAGUUACUGGAAGUGGCCAAGUAGGAAGGGAGUAUCUACAAUCAGAUCCUGUGUCCUUUUGCCCUGAGCCAUCUUUCUAUGUAGGAGUAAGAAAAACUGUCAAAAAUACUAAGCUUAUGGAAAACUGAAGUGCAGUUAUAGA